AUGGUGUGUUCGUGUGUCCUUUAUGACGUCGCCGCUGGGGGACUAGCGCGCGGGGGCGUGAGCGUUCAAGACUCGAGUCUGGGGUGUUUGUUUGUCUGUCGCUUGAAGAUAUGGAGGGUGGGGGUGUAUGUAUGGGGGGUAGGGGGGGGGGUCAAAACCCUCAUUCGACUUAUCGCAACAGUUUGUUGGGGGUGGGUGGGGGGCCGGGAGGACUACGAAUGGGGGGAUGGGGGGAGGGCGCGGGCCAUUUACCUACUGGUGUUAAUGUUUGUGCGGGACGCUCACUUGUCGGGGGUUGUUAAUAGUCAAAAUGGGGGGGGGGGGUCCACGUUUAAUGGGGCGGGGGUGGUGGUUAGUGACAAAUCAUCUCACCUAGCCGGAUCAUUUGAGUUUGGGGGGGAGGGGGCGUGGGAGGUUGCACACACGGGGGGUGGGGGCGGGGGGUGUUGA